GCUGAAGAAAUUGAUUAGAGGCAAGGACAUCAAUGCAUUGUACCCUUGUGUUGAGUUACAAGAUGAAGUAACCCCUUUAAUUGCUGCUGUUGCAUUUGCAAAUCAGGAGAUUUGUACAUUUCUUCUGGGAAAAGGUGCUGACCCCGACAAACCAUCAAAGAGAUAUUUUGCACCUCUGCAUUAUGCUGGACUGCAUAAAGUUCCAGUGAAUAUAGUGACAACAUUACUGGAAGCAAAGGCAGAUCCAAAUGGUCGAGUAGACAUAGGCCUACCUGUAAAACCAAAGUUCUUUCCAAUUCAAUUAGCACAUGACAGAGAGGAUAUUGUGAAGAAGUUGCUAGAAUCUGGAGCAGUAAUGUGGCUAAAUCAUGGCGUCCAUCCUGCAAUUGAUCAGAAAUUGGCCACAAUAAUUGGAAACUUUGCUAAAGAGAGUGAGUUCUUUUCCAAAAUCAAGCUUUUUUUGCAUUUUGUACAAGCAAUAAAACAAACAUCCCCAACAGAUGUUUUCAAACACUAUCAUCUUCACCUACUAGAGGAGAACCCACAAACCCACCUCGCUAUGAUUGACAUGUGCUUUAACAUUGAAGGUCCAUAUGCAGAAAAAUAUCCCCAGACAGCCAUUACAUGGCUGAAUGACUCCAAUAAAGUAGAUUACUAUGUUGAAGAUGUAAGCAGACGUCUGUCUACAAUUCCUCUGAUAUUUAGGGCAGGUGCAUUGGAAUCCUUGGAUAAAGUUGUUUGCGCCAUGAAGGAAAUACCUAAUAAGGUGUCACUUACCCUAAUUCCUGAGUUAAUGAAACUGCUUUCCUGUAAAACAAAAGAUUAUCACGUGAAAUUGAUCGUUGUUAUACUCUAUGGCAUCACACAGAAGACAAAAGACAAGGAUCGUUGGAGCAACUUUGACCUUGAGAAAAUAUGCAAGCACAUUGUCCCAUGCACACAGAGGGAGGGUUAUUCUUCUGAAUUGAAGAUGUUUGCCUAUGCCUUGCUAGCAGAUCUUUACACAUGUAGUUGUGUUCCUGGUUACAUCAGCUCUCUGGGACUGACUCCGGUACCUGAAGAACUACUUAUCUGGGGAAGGGAUGAAAACCUGAAAGUAAAGCUGAGAGAUCUAAACAUGUCCUUAGACAGACAACGUUCUGUCACCAAGUCAACAAGUGAAGAUUCAAAAGACAGUCAUUUGUCAGAAACCAAGAAGAAGAAGAAGAAGAAGAAGAGGGAAAAGGCAGAAAAGCAAGACAUACCAAAAGAAGAGACGGGCACACAAGAAAAUAAAACAUGUUUAGCCUUCAAUACUUCAUCUACUCCUGUAGAGGAAUCUGGCCUUGAUGAGUGUUCAAGUGUGAAGCCGUUCCACCCCACCACUGACACAUCACCAUUACAGCGCAAAUGGCACAAAGUCAGCAGCGGUGGGAGACCAGUUAGAGAAGCUUGCCAACAUGGAUGA